UUGGGGGAAAUCCAAGAGAAGAGCGUAGAGCAGUGUUAUCUACAUAUCACUAGUUCGCAAUCGGAAACAAAAUUAGAUGGCUGGCUUACUAGCUUGGGCGGCGGACGUCGUCGGAGGUGGUGGCGCCGGGUGGAGCGACGAAGAGGCUGAUCCCAAUUCCAUUCCUCUCAUCUUCACGCCUGAACAACUCACUUAUGUUAAGGAGCUAGACACCAAAACAGCUUCUCUCAACCGCGCGAUCCGAGAUCUGCGCCUCAGACUCCCACCUCCCGACAUUUCUCAACGUCUUCCCCAUCUCCACGCUCACUCUCUCGCCUCCAAUAACGCCCUCGCUCUUCAGCUCAACGCCCACUCCUCCACCAAACUAGAGGCACAGCAGAGAGAAGCAAGGUUGCAGCAAGAGAAUGCUGAGUAUGAACAGGGUAUAUCCAACCAACAAGUUAAAAUUCAAGAGAAGUUACAGGAAGCGGAGUUGCUCUUAAGUAAUUUAAAGGAACUGGACUUGAUUGAACAGAAUCUGAUAGCUGAGUUGCAAAGAGACAAAGCUUCUGCAGUUGCCAGCCAUUCUGAAGAGUCCAAUGGAAUGCUUAGCGAAUCCCAGCAAACAGUUAAAGCUCAAGAAGAUGCAAAAACUGCAAAAUCUGCAUUUAUGGAGAAGUUGGAUAGCAAGAGAAAAGAAUUGGCUGCAAUAGAAGAGACUGUUCAAGAAUUGGAGAAAAAGUGGCUGCAGGUCCAAGAUAGCGCAUUGAAAAAACCGACUCCAGCUCAGCGGGAGAAAGCUCUGGAUAAGCAGCUUCACAGCUUAAUUGAACAACUUGCUGUGAAGCAGGCUCAGGCAGAAGGUCUUAUCAGUGAAAUCCAUACAAAGGAGAUGGAGCUGGAAAAGUUGAAUGGGAUACAGAGAAGAAUCGAAAUUGGCAAUUCAGAUACCAAUUUUUCUCGGAAUAGGUUUGCAAGAAGCAGCUCUUCUCAGGAAUCUGUGUCUUCUGAAUAUUCUAUUGACGCUCGCCACAAGCUUCCAGUUCAUAUGGGUGGUCGGAAUGAGAGUUUGCAGAGGUUAAUGCUGUUGAGGUCGGCUUUUGUCGUCUACAUUUUGGUUUUGCACGUAUUGGUAUUUAUCAAACUUUCAUUCUGAGAUUCUACCACUUACUUUUAAAUUUGAUUAUUUGCAAAAGCAAGUAUUACAUUUGUCAGUGUAUACGUUUUAUACUCCUGCUUGUACAGAGUGUAUAGUAAGUAGUAUUAGUGUUAUUGUUGAUUUUAACUUUUGA